AUGCUCAAGGCGGAUGAAGCCUUCGACAUACCGAACCACCUCACGCAGGUAUGGAAGGACAUGCGGGUGAACACCUGGGUUCAGAACAUGGCAGGCACUGAGAUCGUUGUUACCUGUGAGCCAGAGAAUGUCAAAGCCCUCCUCGCCACACAGUUCAACGAUUUUGAAUUACCAGAGCAGAGACGACUGAUUUUCUGGGGCAUCUUCGGUGCUGGUAUCUUCACGGAUAAUGGCAAACGCUGGGAGCACUCGAGAGCACUUCUGCGACCACAAUUCGCACGGGACAACAUUGCCGAUCUUGCUGCUCAAGAAGUACACGUACAGAACAUCAUGCGGUUCCUCGAACCUGGCUCUGAUGGGUGGACGCAACAGACUGACCUGUCUCCUAUCUUCUUCAGACUCACACUCGACUCGGCUACCGAAUUCCUGUUUGGCCAGAGCGUCGGCUCGCAACUCGCUGCCCUGCCCGGAUCUGAGAAAGCCUCUAAUGGUGCUGAUCUGGACUGGGUCAAGUUCGGCGCCGCCUUCACGACAGGUAUGAAGGCCAUGGCCACCAAGUUCCGCCUACAAGACUGGCACUGGCUGUACACCACAUCCGAGUAUCGCGAGUCCAUCAAAGAGAUCCACCGCUUCGCCGAUCACUGGGUCAGUCGCGCCUUGGAGUCAUACCAACGCGGUGAGAAAGACGUCGAAGACGGAUCCCGCAAGUACGUCUUCGCCGAAGAGCUCGCUCAGGCAACACAGGAUCCAAUCGAGCUGCGCAACCAACUUCUACACAUCUUGCUGGCUGGUCGCGAUACAACUUCCGGCAUGCUAGGCUGGCUUUUCUACGAGCUCGCCUUGCACCCAGACAUCUACGAGAAACUCCGCAAAGCCGUGAUCGAGGACUUUGGUACAUACCAGAAUCCGAAGAAGAUGGACUUUGCGUCCCUUAAGGCAUGCACUUACCUACAAAGAGUCAUGACUGAGACGCUGCGGCUGUUUCCUAUCGUCCCCUUCAAUUCUCGCAUGGCAACUCAAGACACCACCCUCCCUGUCGGUGGUGGUCCUGAUCAGAAGUCGCCUGUGUUCAUUCCCAAGGGGAUGGAAGUCAACUAUGCGGUCCAUAUGAUGCACCAGCGCGAAGAUCUCUACGGUCCUGACGCCGUCGAGUUCAAGCCCGAUCGAUGGGACAGUCGGAAGUCGGGGUGGGAGUAUCUGCCCUUCAACGGUGGUCCCCGCAUCUGUCUCGGCCAGCAAUACGCACUCACGACAGCGGGCUACACGAUUUGUCGAAUAGUCCAGCGUUUCGAUAAGAUUGCCGAUCUCCAAGACCAUGGGCCUGUGCUGAAGCACUACUAUGACGUUACGACUAGUCCGUUGACUGCGAAGAUGAAGUUCCAUGUUGCUGAGUGA